GCUGAAAAAGAAACGAAAAGCCCAGAGAGCUUUACUGCUAAGGUCAGCAGGAUCCUAAGAGCACAUCGUCACAGAUGCCCAGCUCUGGAUUGGUGACUUGGACAUCCUGGUUCCCGUUCAACCAUCCCAGCCCCGCAGAAGCCAUGCAAUAGGAGGUGCUUUGUGGCAGCGGGGGGAUAUCGGGACCCACAAGAAGCUGCUCAGUGCCUCCAAAGCCUUCCCUUGCCUGAGCCAAGGACAGAGGGAGCCAAGAGGGACAUGGUGCUGGCCGUGACCCCUGUGCUGGCCUUCGGCACUUGGCUGCUGGUGCAGAGCGAGGCUGCAGCCGGUGCCCCCACCAUCUCCAUCUUCCUGAAGCCGCCUGGGGUGAUCCCCCCCGGAGGUUCCACCACCAUCUGCUGCAGCUGCCAGUGUGACGAGGGGAGCGUUGUGCUCUACAAGGACGGCAAACGGCUCCGUGCCCGGGAGCUGCGCCAUGGCAGGGCCGAGUUCCCCAUCUCUAACGCCACCCAAAAGGAUGCAGGUCCCUACAGCUGCCAUUACCUGGCUGGAGGCACUGUGCUGGCUCGCAGUGAGACCCUGGAAAUCACGGUGAGAGAGUUCCGUCUCCCCAGACCCGUCCUCUCCAUCCUGCCGGGACCUGAGGUGGCUGCAGGAGCUGCUGUGACUUUCCGCUGCACCAUCACACACACCGGUGCUGGCUGUUUCCUGUACCGGGAGGGCCAGGACAAAGCCCCUGACUUAAUUCAUAAGGAUCAAGAUGAUUUCAGCCUCCCCCGAGUGCACAAAGGCAACGAGGGCCGCUACAGCUGCCAGUGCUACAGCGGGGCUGCUCUGGUGGAAUGGUCUGAUGUCAGCAACAGCCUGGAUUUGGUGGUGAAAGAUUACACCUGGAGCAACGUGGGGCGCCUGGUCCUGGGUGCUGCUGUCCUGCUCCUGCUGGGGCUCAUCGUGGCCGAGGACAGGCACAGCCUGCCGUGCAUUCUGCCUGCGGGGAGAGGUGGCCACCAGGCUGCUCCCUGCACCCAGAGCUCCCUGUGACCGGGCCAGGAUGGCAUCACUGGGACUGCUCCAGCAUCUCCUCACAGCGGGAUAAAUCACCGCUCCCCACUGGCUGCACCCGGGGACAUGGGGCAGGAUGGGAGAGAGAGAGAGACCUCAUGGCAGGGGGUGAGCCCUCCCUGCGGUGUGGGUGCGUCUGUCCCUUUCCUUCUGCCACCAGGCCUGAAUAACCAGUGUCCAGCUGCAGAGACUUCCACUGCUCACAGUCGUUUAUUACUUUAAAACACUGACGAAACACA